AUGCUGUUGAACAGUUAUAGUGUGAACAUACCACAUCUGUUCAUAUCUAUCUAUCUAUCUAUCUAUCUAAUGGCAUCUGUUCAUAUCUAUCUAUCUAUCUAUCUAUAUAAUGGCAGUCUGUUCAUAUCUAUCUAUCUAUCUAUCUAUCUAAUGGCAGUCUGUUCAUAUCUAUCUAUCUAUCUAAUGGCAUCUGUUCGUAUCUAUCUAACUAAUGGCAGUCUGUUCGUAUCUAUCUAUCUAAUGGCAGUCUGUUCGUAUCUAUCUAUCUAUCUAAUUGCAGUCUGUUCAUAUUUAUAUAUCUAUCUAAUUGCAGUCUGUUCAUAUUUAUAUAUCUAUCUAAUUGCAGUCUGUUCAUAUUUAUAUAUCUAUCUAAUUGCAGUCUGUUCAUAUCUAUAUAUCUAUCUAAUUGCAGUCUGUUCAUAUCUAUAUAUCUAUCUAAUUGCAGUCUGUUCAUAUCUAUAUAUCUAUCUAAUUGCAGAGUCUGUUCAUAUCUAUCUAAUAGGAGUCUGUUCAUAUCUAUCUAAUAGGAGUCUGUUCAUAUCUAUCUAUCUAUCUAUCUGCAGUCUGUUCAUAUCUAUCUAUCUGCAGUCUGUUCAUCUAUCUAUCUAUCUAUCUAUCUAUCUAUCUAUCUGCAGUCUGUUCAUAUCUAUAUAUCUAUCUGCAGUCUGUUCAUAUCUAUCUAUCUAUCUAUCUGCAGUCUGUUCAUAUCUAUCUAUCUAUCUAUCUGCAGUCUGUUCAUAUCUAUCUAUCUAUCUGCAGUCUGUUCAUAUCUAUCUAUCUAUCUGCAGUCUGUUCAUAUCUAUCUAUCUAUCUGCAGUCUGUUCAUAUCUAUCUAUCUAUCUAUCUAUCUAUCUGCAGUCUGUUCAUAUCUAUCUAUCUAUCUAUCUGCAGUCUGUUCAUAUCUAUCUAUCUAUCUAUCUAUCUAUUUAUCUAUCUAUCUAUCUAUCUAUCUGCAGUCUGUUCAUAUCUAUCUAUCUAUCUAUCUAUCUAUCUAUCUGCAGUCUGUUCAUAUCUAUCUAUCUAUCUAUCUAUCUAUCUAUCUGCAGUCUGUUCAUAUCUAUCUAUCUAUCUAUCUAUCUAUCUAUCUAUCUAAUCGCAGUCUGUUCAUGA